UGUCCCCUGCCUCACGCCCUGUGCAUCCAGAUAGGCUCCGGACCAUUGCAACCCUGCACCCUGCACUGAACAGUUAUUGACGACGGGAAAAUACAUCCCAAAUGAAGCCAUCCGUUUAGCCCCUUACUCACACGGAUUUUUCCGGCGCGGAUUCGCUUCAUGACGUCAUGUGCUGGCUUCUCCGUCGAUGACGUCACCAACGAACUACGCAUUCUCGGCGCUCAGAUUGGGUGUAUGUGCAUAAAACAGUUAAUAAUGGCAAGAGUUUUUUUUUUUUUUUUUUUUUGCGGGAAUUGACGAGCUGCACAAGUUCAUACGUGUGAGGAUGUCAGCGAAGGAUGUCAUGUAGACUGCGCGCACGUCGGAUAGACAGACAUAUAUCGGAUUUUUUCGGCUGCACCAUGCUCCCGAUAGCUCUGUUCCUCUGGUUACUACCCUUUACCUCUUCUGAGAUGAGGACCCCUCCUUAUAGGAGGGGGCAUAAUAUCACCAUUCACUCCUCCCAGCUGAUGUGCAGCAUCCCAGGUCCCCAGGGUCCCCCCGGCCUGCCCGGAGCCCCCGGCAUCCCCGGCACCAUUGGCAAAAUGGGCGUCCCUGGGAAGGAUGGCCUAGAUGGAAAAGAUGGCGAAAAGGGGGAGAAGGGGCACGGCGGAGAACAGGGCCGACCUGGCAACCCUGGUAAGCCUGGUCUCAAGGGACGUCAAGGGGUGAUAGGCAAGGCUGGACCCAGGGGCCUGAAGGGGGUGCGGGGGGCUCCAGGUUUGGCAGGAGUUCAUGGGGAGAAAGGUGAGGCAGGAGAACGUGGUGAGCCAGGGGUUCCAGGAGGCUGCAACUGCCCCACCAACCUGGUACGGUCAGCGUUCUCCGUGGCCGUGACUAAGAGUUACCCAAAAGAGCGUCUGCCGAUUCGCUUCAACCGCAUCCUGAUGAACGAGGGCGGCCACUACAAUGCCAGCACUGGGAAAUUUGUUUGCGCCAUCCCCGGUGUCUACUACUUCACAUAUGAUAUCACGCUGGCAAACAAGCACCUGGCUAUUGGGCUGGUGCACAAUGGUCAGUACAAGAUAAGGACUUUCGAUGCCAACACGGGGAACUACGAUGUGGCGUCCGGUUCCACCGUGCUUCGUCUGCAGCGUGGAGACCAGGUCUGGCUGCAGAUCUUCUACUCGGAGCAGAAUGGACUUUUCUUUGACCCAUACUGGACUGAUAGUCUAUUUACUGGUUUUCUCAUUUACCCAGACCAGGAAACUCUCAGUGUAAUGGACCAGAAUGCCACUGCUGGACCUGCCUGAUAUUAAAAUGAACAUUUUGCAAUUCUAUGAAGAUUUAAAAAAAAAAAAAAGUCAGGAGUAUAAUUUGGUUCUGAAAGAACAGACAUGAUUUAGUCAUUCUGUAUUCGUUUA